AUACUGUGAUAACGCUAUCAAGGCACUAAUCAGUGGAAAUUACAUGAGGACAAAUUUAAGAGUAUUACUAUAAAAAAUGACAAGGUGUGGAAGAUGAUUGCUGCAGAAUUAUACAAGGAAAAUCCUCUUUGGGAAUACACUGGAAAACAGUGCGAAAACAAAUUUAAAGACGUUCGAAGAAACUAUGUCAAAACUAAGGACAAUAAUGUAAACAAGAGUGGGCAAGACUUGCAAACUUGCAAAUUCUACGAUGAAAUGGAUGCAACACUUGGCGAAAAGCCACUUAUUAAACCUGUCGCUAUCGCUUCCAGCUUGAAGAAAGACAAGCGCUCAAUAUCUUCUGAAGACAAGGAAGAGGAGGAAAACUUUAAAAAAAUCUUAAAACCUGAGAAGUCUAAGAAACUAAAAAACAAAUAA